AUGGCGCAAUGGCGGGGCUGGUGGCGGAAGCUGUUGGGGGAAUGGGGGGCCACGGCGGCAGCUGCGGCGGGAAGUGCGGCGGCAGGGGUUUUCCUGCUGAACGUGCUCGCAGCGCUUUAUGGAACGAGCACCGUUGCCGCCAAGCUCGUUGACGACCAGCCGGUGUCGUUGCCGUCAUCUCUGACGGCCGCCGUCAGGUUCACCGCGGCGGCCGUCGUCUUCUCCCCCGUCAUCUUCGCCAUCCUGUCGGAGCGGAACGCGCGGAAACCCCCGCGCACUGACUGCGAGGAAACGGCGGGGGUUCCGCGUAACGGCGGAGCUGGAGCGGGGAACCCUGCUGCAGGCGGAGCAGUGGCAGACGAGAGGAGGGUGCGCGGGAAGGAAGGGCGCGCGGAAGAGGGGUGGCUGGAGGGGACGAGCAACAGGUGGGAAGGCGAGUGGUGGCGGGAGGAAGGGGUGAUACUUGGGGGCAUGGAGCUGGCGGGAUGGAGUUUCCUGGGCACGCUGCUGCUGCAACACGCCAGCAACACCAACGGCACCACGGCCGCUCUGCUCUACGCCUUCUCCAUCUGUUUCCUCCCGCUGAUGGAGCUCUCGUCCGGGCGCGCGCUCCACCGCUCCACACUCCUCGCUGUCGUCGCCGCAUUACUCGGCAUGGGCCUACUGGGAGAGUACCACCACGCGCACUCUCUCCUCCUCCUCCUCCCCGGCAGCGGAGCCGACUCCGGCGCAUUCUCCCUUUCGCAAAGCUUCGACCUGAGCUCGAUCCUCGGGUCGCUCCUCGCCGCCGUGCAGAUCUUCCGCUCCGAAGCGCUCACCACGCGCUUCGACCCGCUGCGCCUCUCCGCGGUCCAGGCCGGGUCGCUCGCGCUGCUCGGGCUCGGCUGGGAAGCCAUACACGUGGCAGGCGGCGGUGUCGAUGGCGUAUUGCGGCUCGCGGAGGAGAUUAAAGCCAUCCCGUGGCUUCCGCUGGUGUACGGAGGCGCGGUAGGCUCGGGGCUGUGCGUGUGGUUGGAACUAUGCGGAUUAAGGCGCGUUCCGGCGUCUAUCGCUAUGCUGGUGUACACUUCUAUACCCGUUUGGGGCGCUCUGUUAUCGUUUGCGGUGAGAGGCGAGGCGCCUGGGGUUUCAGUGGCAACGGGGGGAGCGAUGAUUGUGGGGGUGAGCGCGCUUGCGCAUUGGCUGCUGGUGGAAGGGGAGAGGGAGAAGGAACGGGAGAGGGACGAGGAGAGGCGGAGGAGGGAGGGACUUGCGGUGGCACAGGCAGGUGGCGCAGAGGCUGCGGUCGCACAGGCAGCAGUUGCAAAGGGCGGGGAACAGCGGCGAGCGGGUGCAUUGGCGAACGGGCGCAUUCGAUGGCGGGUGCUGGGCGACGCGGAAGCCGCGCAGCAGGCGGAGAGAAUGGAAUGGGCGGAAAGCGCGGAGAGGGCGGAAACGGGAGAAGGGGCGGAAGCAGGACCUCGGACGAUGGGAAAGGUUGGAGAGGUUGAGAUGGGGAAGGUUGGGGAGAAAAAAGGACGGGACGUGGGCGCGAGUGAGCCUGGGGAGGAUGUGGGAAGCGGCGGAGAGAACAGCAGCAGCGGUAGCAGCGGGCAGAUGAGGGAGCAGAUAUCUGUUGCGCUGGUGACGUCGCAGCUCAAGUAUCCGUGCUAUGCCGUGCAGGCGAAGCGAGUGCUGGUGGAGCUUCAAGUCAACCUGGGCCUCGGUGUUCACAAGACGCUCGUCAUCUCCCUCCCAUCGCUCUCCCUCCCCUCACUCUCCCUCCCUUCGCUCUCCCUCCCUCCGUUCCCCACUCCGAACUUCUCCCUCCCGCCGUCCUUCCCUUCUCUCCCGUCCCUACCCUCCGUCCCGACUCUCCCCUCCGUGCCCCUGCCGUCGCUGCUGCCUCCCUCGCUUCCUUCCCCCACUGGCUCUGCUGUCUCGUCUCCCUCCGCCCUCUCGCCCACUGCUGCGCCUCUCUCCACCAUCACUGCAGCAUCACCAGGCCCCGGAUCACCAUCCAACCCCACUACAGCCACUCCCGUUCCUGCUAUCCCUGCUCCUGCUGCUACAACUGGCAGUCCUGCUGGUCCUGGGAGUCCCUCCAGUCCCGACACCCCUCAUUCUGCAGCUGCCAAAGCGCAGGCAUCCGCCGCACCCUCUACUGUAUCAGAUGCCUCUCCCAACUGCUCUGUCUCAGCAUCACCAUCAUCAUCAGCACAAUCGUCAUCAUCCUCCUCGUUGUCGUCGUCAUCGGCAGCAGCAGGGGAUGGGUCGGGGGCAGCGGCCAUGGCUGCAGCAGGGGCAAUGCAGGCUGUGGAGGCAGAGGCGGAACUGGGUGCUGCUGCUGCUGCUGGCAUGGCUGAGAAGGCCAUGGGGGGGCAGAUGCUGGGCGAACAAAUCAUCGGGGAACAGUUGUUUGGAGAGCAGAUGCUUGGGGAACAAGUGCUAGGAGAGCAAUCAGCGUCGUUGGGAGAGCACCUUACCCUGGCUACUGAACAGCUGUUGGCUCUAGACCCAGCGCUGGUCUCCUUUGAAGAGCUCGCCCUGGCGGAAGAGCUGAUCCUGCCAGAGGUUGUUGCUGAGGGUAUCCCGCAAGUUGCUGAGACGCUUCCGACUGUCGCCGAGAACCUUCCCAGAAUCGUUGAGGAGAUUCCGAAGGAGGUGUUUCAGGGGGUAGCCCAGGAGUCUUCGGUUGUGCUGACAGGACUGGAAGCAGAAAUGGAGGCAGUUUUGGAAGUGGGUGCGUCGGCCGCUGCUGCAACGGCGGCUGUUGCAGCUGAGCUUUCAGGAGCCGUGGAUUCGGUACUGGCGUUGGAGUCGUUGUCGCUGGUGCAGGCACUUGGCGCGGCUACGCCGCAGGAGAGCGCGCAGGACAACUCGUCUUCCGCGCCCACCGCCGCGUCCGGGUCCCCUGCUUCCGCCACCCCGCCCGCGCCUGUGGCUCGAUGGGCGGAAAUACAGUUCAGCGACGACGACAACGACGAGAGGGAGCUGCAAGUGAUAUGGCGCGAGUACAAGGCGGCGGGCAUGCAGGACUCGUUCCGGUUUCUCGGAAUCUUCCUGGAGUCGUUUAUCCGGAUAUACGAGGACUGGAAACCCGAGCCUCCCCAGAGGGACAAGGCCAGCAGCGGCAAGGGGGGGGAUGGGGGGCGCAUGCGCCUGGGGUUCCGCUCUAGUGGCGGAGGGGACGGGGGGGCUGGGGCGAGGGGCACGAUUGUGGGGUGCGGGCAGGGCCAUCCGACGGCUGUGAUUCAGCAGAUGGUGUUUGAGAUCAAGAACACCAUUCCUGCCAUCCUGGAGAUGGAGUCAGAGGACCUGUCGGACCGGGCCUUUGUGCUCAACCUGCUGUGUGCGCUCACAAUUGCUCUGCGCUCCGCACACAACCGCCGCGUCUUUGCCUUCUAUGAUGGAUACGCCGCACUCACCAUUUUAUUUAAAGAUUUCUCGCUCUUUCCUUCCUGCCGUCGUGUAUCCCUCCUCCCUUCCUCCUCCUCUCACCUUGCUCUGGCCGCCUUUCCCCCGUGCCCCUGUCCCCCAUGCCACCACGUAGUUGCUCAGUUUAAAUCAGUGCAAGGCAUGGCGACAGCAGGCAGGCAACGCCACUCCCGCCCCACCUCCCCCGAUACCUCCUCCCCCCCUUCCCCCGACGCCUCGGACCCGCUCCUCUCCCCUAUCCACCCCCCCUCCGCCUCCUCUUCCCGCCAAUCCCCCCCGUGGGGGGGAGCCGGCUCAGGGAUAUCCGACCCGCAUGAGACAAGCCACGCCGGCCACACGCGGGUCAGGGGGAGCGGCAGCGGGGGAGGAGGGGACGGAGGGGGAGGGUCGAGUAAUCAGGAGUUGCUGAUGCAGCUGCGGCGACAGCAGAGGUUUCUGCAAAGUGUGGUGGUGCAUCUGCUGCCGUGCCUGGUUGGGAUUUUCCACACAGAGCUGACUCGUGUGGUGGCCUCUGCUAAGAGAAAAGCAGCAGCGGCAGCAGCAGCAGCAGCGGCGGCGGCAGCAGCUAGUUCAGCAGAACAGUCGAAUCUCUUUGCCCCGAAUUUGUUUGCGGCGAUUGGGGGGGGGAUUGGGGGGCAUAUGGGGGGAGGGAUGGGGGGCGCGGGAGGGAGAGGGGGAGGGAGUGGGGGCAGCGGAGGGGGGGAUGGGAGUGGGGAUGUGGAGGAGGGGAGUGCGCGGAUGAGUCAAGUGUUGGUGGAUCUGCACGGCAUAGACUCACUGCUUGUACAUGCAUACCUCUUGAGUCUUGUCCUGCUUACCAUUCCCCCACAGCUGCUGUGCUGCCCAUAUUCCGCCCGCGUGGAGCAGGGCAAGGGCAACCGAGCAGCAUACCUUGCGCCAUCGCAGCAAGAGCUGCUGCACAUAUUCCGUGUGGAGCAGGACAGGGGCAACCGGGCAGCGUCUCUUGUUCCCCCUUCUCCCUCCCACCAUUCUCCCUCCCCGCCUUUCCCCUUCCACACCCCUGUAUCCCUCAGAGCUGCUGCACAUAUUUCUAUUCCCAAGGGCGAUCAGCUGGCAUUGGAGGAGCACUUGAAAACUAUUCCCGAGGGCGACCAGCUCGCAUUAGAGGAGCAUUUGGGAGUGCAGCUGCUGACGCUGGUGGUCAUCCGAGAAGCAUGCUACGCGUCCCCCACGUGUCUCGCGCGUCUGCACUCCCUGUCGCUCUUCCCCCGCGUCUCCCGCCUGCUGCAGUGGGCUGCGCGCACCUUCUCCGCGCCCCCUGUCCCCUCCUCCUCGGAAAGCUCCCUCAUGCCUCCGCCUCCUCUCCCCGCCUCCUCCUUCCUUUGCACCUCCGAUUCCAUUCUCACGAUUGAUGUGCGGAGGGUGGGGUCUUUGAGACUGGCGAGGAAGAGGGGAAGAGCAGGGGCUGGGGGCGGGGGAGGAGGAGGCGGCGGAGGAGGAUACGGGGGGGAUUGGGGUGGGGACGGUGACGGGCUCGAUGGGGAAGAUGAGGAUGAGGGGGAGGGGGAGAUGGUGUGGGGGGAGGAACAGAAAUGGAUGAUUGCGCGGGCGCUAGGGCAGGAGCUGAUUAGGGAAGUGAGGGUGCUGCGCUCUCGGCCGUCUGUGGGGGAUUCGGAGGUGUGGGCGUGGAAUCUUGCUGUAGCGGCGGCUAGUGGGCUACUAUGCACGCUGCUGCUUGAAGGGGAUACAACAGAGGAGCAGAUUGCAGAGUGGGGUGGUGUGAGCCUGUGGGGGAAGUACGGUCGGUGGGCUAGGGAGGCUGCGGAUGGGGUAGGGAUGGGCGGGGAUGGGGAGGGCGGAGACAGGGGAAGGGGAGACGCGGAAGGGGCGGAGGCCGGAGGAGGAGGGGGAACGGGAGAAGGAGGAACGGGAGGAGCAGGAGCAGGAGGGGGGGGAGGAGGAGCGGGGGAUAGGGACGGCACGGGGAACGAACCAGGAACGCCGAGAGGAGGAGGAGGGCAGUCAGUGGGAGAUUACUGGAGCAUGGGGCAGCGAUACGCUGUAGAGACUCUCCUAGACACGUUCCGGUUACCACACGAGGGGAAGUCAGGGCCGGGAGGGGGAGCAGGCGAGGUGAUGAGCAUGGACGACCUAGCACUGCAGGACUACUUCCGAAACACGUCCUGUACGCUCCAGUGCCACGUGCUGUCUAUUCUCAGGAGGGUGCUGGGCGAGUCGCCAUCAGCGCUGCAGUUGCUGCGAGAUGCUGGUGCCUGGCCGACUCUCUUCUCUGACCGGUUCUUUUUCUUUGACUCCACCACUGUUGCGGAUUGCGCCCCGUCGACUCAUGGUGGUGGUGCGUUCGGGGGGUUUGCGCACCCUUUUUCUUGGCGCGGGGCGGCUGGGAAUGGGGAAGCGGGUGCAGGGGACGGGAAGGGGAAGCAUGUGAGGCGGAGGUCGACUGGAGGGGGGCUGGUGUUAGGGUUUGGGUUGGAGGGCGGAGGAGAAGCAGCAGGAGGAGUCGGAGGAGCAGCAGGAGCAAGGGGAGCAGGGGGAGCAGGAGGGGCAGCAGGGGCAGGAGGAACAGGAGGAGCAGGAGGAGCAGGAAAGGCAGACGGGGGGUUGGUAGUCCCAGCUCGCCCCAGGCCUCGUCUGUUCAAAUCCCCCAGCACUUCCAGCUCUUCCUCUCUCGAGACUGCAGCAGCCGCAGCCAUUGCUGCUUACGACACCAGCACUGGCGGCAGCAGCGGCAGCGGCGCCAGCAGCGCUGCUUCCAGAUCCGCAGGAGCAGCAGCCGCAGCCGCUGCGAUCGCUGCCGCCUCUGCCGCCGCCGCAGCAGCAGCCUCUGGUGGUGCUGCCGCUGCUCCUGCAGCUGCGGGCGAUCGCCGUCCGCGCAUGCGCAAGUCCCCAAGCACUUCCAGCAGUUACGAGGCGAGCAAGUUUGAGGAGUUCACAGGAGCAGCCAUGGCAGCAGCAGGCGGGGUGGGUACAGUAGCCGCACGGGCCCUUCGCCGCCUCGCCUCCCCGAACCUCCCCCCUUCCUCAGGCACCAAGUCCACCUCCCGCCCUAACUCUCCGUCUAUCUUUGCGGUUGAUCCGCAUGGUGUGGCCGCUGCCAAUGUGGCUGGUAGCAGAAUGCUGUCCCCUCUCUUGCACCCGUUUGGGUUGGAUGUGAGGGGCGGGGGGGAGGGAGGCUUGGGCGGAGGGGGAGGGGGAGGGGGAGCGGAUGGAGCGCUGGAGUAUGUGGCUGUGGGGGAGAGUACAGAGGCCGAGACGCUGCGGAUGAACGUGGUGGCUUUCCUGGAAGUUGCCGCAUCGCUCGAUGGGUUGGCAAAUGUGGAGCCUGAGUGUGCAGCGCUGCUGACAGCACUGCGGCAGGCUGCCAUCUGCGCUUCAGCAUGUGUCAUGCUGGCUCGCUGCUUCCAGCGCCUGCAGCAGAUCGUGGGAGAUCUCUUUGUCGAAGCGAUCAUAGCCGUCGAUGCGCUCGCCACAAUCGCUGCGAUCAUGACACGUCAGCAGCAGUACCGCCCCGCUGCUGCUGCUGCUCCAGCCGCCUCCCUCCCGUUCUCAUUCGCCCCUAUGGGAGGUGCUGGUGCUGGUGCUGUCUCUUCGUCUGGCAGUAGUGGUGGUGGGGGUUCGCAUCAUCAUCAUCAUCAGCACCACCACCUUCCCCGCCCCACGUCCCCUCUCCUUGGAUCCCACUCUGCCGAAGGAAGGAUUACGGGUGGAGGAGGCGGAACAACAAGUGCUGCUGGUGGCGCUGCUGCUGCUGGUGCAGCUGGUGGUGGUGGUAGUCAAGGGGGAGGUGGGUUUGGAGCGAGUGGGUCUGGGGGAGCAGGAGGAGGAGGAGGCUCUCUUCUCCCCCUCCCCCCAUCCAGACGCGGCUCUUCCUCGUCUUCCCUGCCCCUCCCGCCCUCCAUGCCACAAGCUUCAGGGGACGCAGCAGGAGGGGCAGGCAGCGAGGGGGGCGCUGGUGCCGCUGGCUCUUCUGCUGCUUCUUCUGGUGGUCGAGGCGACUGUGCUGCUCUGGCAGACACGGUGUUCAAGCUGGUGGUGGAGCAGAAGACCUGGUCGAUGGCCCUGCGACUCGUCAUCUCGCUCAUCAAGGUAUCGGAGGCGGAUGCAGCAGGGGAGGGAACGGUGUUUGUAUCGCGGCUGAUGGAGGCCUUUGCGCACGCCAAGGGCGACAGCCACACGCACGGGGUCGCCGUGCUGGCUGACCUCCUCACUGCCCUGCGCCACAUCGUCGACUUCGACCCUCCUCGCUUCCAAGAGAUGUUUCUGGACGCGCAGUGCGGGCUGCAUCUCCUCUCGCUCCUCAACGGCACCUACCAGCCGGCAGACGGGCAGCAGCUCGCCCUGCAAGUCCUGCGCACGCUCACACGCCUGCUCGCCGGGAACGACACAGCCAAAGCAGUCAUGCGGCGGCUGGGCGACCCGGGGUAUGCACGGCUGUCACAGAUGCUGCUGGAGCAGUAUAGGGGCCGGCCGACAGGGCAGCUGCUGCUGUGCGUCAUGGACUUUGUUGUGGACGGGAGCUUCGCUCCCCGGACCAACAUGCUCAUUCAGAACGAGGAUGCAGUGGUGCUCUUCAUCUCUCUCCUCCGCAAGGCGGACGGGCACCUAGUAGGCGAGGGCCUCGAAACCCUAGAAGGCCUGGUCGCCUCCUCCACUGCCAACUGCGCCUCCUGCGUGCGCGCGGGCCUUAUGUGGCUGCUCCUCAACUGGAUGCCGGAAGUCCAAGACGACAACACCCUCGCUCAGAUCGGCCGGUUGUUAGAGGCGGUCGGAGGGCAUAGCAUCGGAGGGAAGGACAUGAGCGCGAUCUUUUCGCUGCUGAGAAGCACCAAGGAUGGGUGCCGGCCGCGGCACGCCACGCUGCUGAUCCGCACGCUGCAGGCGCUCGUGAAGGACGACGGGCCGCCGGUGUUUUUCGAGCUCAAUGGGAAGAACUCGGGGAUUGACGCGGCCGCGCGGCCGUUCCGGUUUCCAACGGCGCGAGGGUAUACCUUCUGCUGCUGGCUGCGGGUCGAGGCGUUUCCGGCGACUGUUGUUUCGAGCACGAGCGGGGAUGCGGGGAAAGGGGGGAAGCCUGGAGGGGGAGCAGGGGGUGGGGGAGUGGGGGGAGGUGGUGGGGGAGAGGGGGCAGGAGGGACGGUGGCGGAUGGGCCGUAUGAUGGGGCGAUGGGGCUGUUCCGGUUUAUGACUGAGUUCAAGAGGGGGUGCAGUGCGCUUAUCAGCCCAAGCAGUCUUAUUGUGCAGGUGCCGGUAGGCAGUGGGGGCAGGGAGCCCGAGUUCAUAUUCAACUACCCCUUCCAUGCCAAGCGCUGGUACCACAUCGCCAUCUCUCACUCCGUUGCUACCUUUGCCACCGCCGCCACGCUGCGCCUCUUUGUGGACGGGAAGCUCAUCGAGACCGGCCGCAUGGGCUACCCCAAGAUCUACGACCCGCUAGUGGAAUGCACUAUAGCCGCUGCCGUGCCUCUACCAGAAGACCCCGUUCUCGCCCUCCGCAUGCCCACGCACGCGCCCCCUCCCCCCCGCCGCUCCGCUGCGUUCCGGGGCCAAAUCGGUCCGAUAUACCUCUUUGAGGACGCGCUAGUGUCCUCUCAAGUGGAGGGGAUUUACCUGCUGGGUCCUGGGUACAUGUAUUCGUUUCUGCCCGGGGAAUCCGGGCUGCCCAAGGAAGGUCCCGCGGCGCAGAUCCUGUCGGAUUCCAAGGAUGGGCUGUCUGCUAAGAUCGUUGCGAGCUUCAAUGCACAGGCAAGCCAGGGCCGCACCAUAUUCAACACUGCGCCCAUCCUCGACGCACCUUCAGACGCGCCGCUCUGCGACACGGCAGCCAUCAUGCCGGGCGUGCAGCUGUGCUCGCGGCAGCGCGUGCAGGACGUGAUCAACUGCGUGGGAGGCAUCGCGGUCCUCUUCCCUCUCUUCACCCAGCUGGAUCAGCCCGUGGAAGGCCAGCACCAGCCGCAGCGCUCCUCCCGCUUCAAAGACGAGCCUCCCGCAGGCGUAGACCCGCAUCUAGCCCUCGACGUGAUAGGGCUACUCACGGCGGUUCUUGCUGGUAACCGCACAAGCCAGCAGUACAUGCUCUCCGCACACGGAUUCGGAGUGAUAAACUUCCUCCUGCAGCGCGUGUCUCCGCAGCAUCUCUCAGUGAAAUUCGUUCUCGCAAUGGAGAAUCUCGUCGGGUGUAUCUCCCACGAGCGCGGCACGGACCAAGGCCUCGCUGAGAUCCUCACCGUCGAUGCCAUCUGCCGGCUGUAUCUCGAUCCGAUGGUCUGGAUUUACACCUCAUACGCAGUGCAGCACGAGCUCUACACAUCCCUGCUGCGACUGCUAGAGAAAGAAGGAGAGCCGGCGCGUCUCCGCGCCUUCUGCACCCUCCAACGGCUCCUCGACAUGGUGCGGCAGUUCUACUGGGAGAAAGCGCAGGGCCCCCACGCCAUCGGCACGCGCCCCCUCGUGCACCCCGUCACUCGCUCCGUCAUCGCCGUUCGGCCCAGCUCGGCCGAAAUCGCCAAGCUUCGCUUGCUCGUGCUCGGGCUAGCAGACCGAGUCAUUCGCGACGGGCUCUCCCUGCCAGAAGUAAAAGCCGUCGUGGCGUAUCUGGAAACAAGCAAGGAUAUAGUCGCCAUGGAAGACGUGUUACACUGUAUGCUGGGUCUCCUCGGCCGCACCCCCUGCCUCUCCUCCGUCCUCUCCCACGUGCAUUCCAUCGGAGGCUGCCACAUCUUCCUCUCCCUCAUGACCCGCUCUCUGGAAGGCGUGCGGCUGCUUGGUCUACGUCUCCUCGGCACUAUCUUCAGUGCAACGCCUACGGAUAGGAGGUCGGGAGCGGAUGCGUACGCGUGGGCGUCGAGCACGGGAAGGGAGGCGUUUGAGAGUGCGGGAGGGGGGGAACCGGCGGCCAUGGAGGAGUCGUAUGCUCGCACGCUGUGGACGCAUGUAGAGUCGUCGCUCUCUGCGUUUCCCUUCUCGCCGGCUACCCGGGCUGCGCUGUUUGAUGUGCUGCUGGGGGGAGCAAGUUCCAAAGAGGCCAUGCGCAAGUGGUCGAAUCUCUACAAGAGCGGGCUAGGUCGCUUCCAAGAAGGCCUCCGGGACUCAGCAGGAACAGCAGUCCUAGAAGCCGGGGGGAGCAGCAGCGGCGUUGUAGCCAUCAUGGUGGUCCCCCAGGUCUUACGAGUAGUCCUGCGCUUACUCCGCGCCUGCACGCCUGAUCUCCGCACCGCCGUGCUCCGGGAUUUGCUCGUUCUGCUGGAUUCAGAUGAUUCGAACAUGAGCGUGUUUCUGCAGCAGGUGGGGUGGCAGGACUGGCUUCUUAUGGUGCUGCUCGCGGUGACGAGCGGGCAGCGCGACGGGAUGGGGAUGGGCGGCGAAGGGGAGGACUCCGGGGUGAUUCUUGAGGAGGAUUUGGAGUUGGAUGAGUAUGAGGCGGGGAUGAUGGAUGAGGAGGAGGAGAUGGAGGGGGAGAGCGAGGAGGAGCAGCUGAUCUGGCAGCUGUUUAAGUGCCUGCAUGCGCAUGCGCUGAUGUAUUUCAAGAAUGGCGCAGAGCACAUCGCCACCACCAUCACCUAUAUCCAGCUGCUGUGCCCUGACCAGGCGUCGGUGUGGACAAAUCGAGUGUUAGCAGACGUGUUUGAGGCGCUCUGUGUGCUGUGCCCUUCCGAAGAUACCAUGAACGCUGUUCCCCUCCGGGACAACUUCUCCCACCUCCUUACUCUGCUCGAUGACUGCACUGUUGACGACUCCCGCCAACUCUUCCAGGACGAGUUGAUGGAGGAGGAGACAUUGUCAGGGGGCUAUGUGGACCUCGGAUCCUCCCAACCGCUCAGGAGCACGUUCCCUGACAUCCAGCGACCGCAGCAGCGCUACCACCAGCGGCCAGAGCUCCCACCAGACGAAGCAGCAGCGCGGUGGCGCCUGUUCGACCGCGUGUGGGCCUCCUUCUCAGUGCUCUCUGGCGCCCAAGACCCUGCUGCCUCAGCCUACUCCCAGUCCCAACUCGAGCAGCAGCAGCAGCAGGCCAUGAGCUAUUUCUCCCUAGCUGGAAUCAGCAGGACAGGGCUGGCUCUGGUGGGAUCGGGUGGGGGGGGUGCGGACGGGGGGAGGGGUGCGUCGGGGCCGGGGGAUAAGGCGACGAGGCAGCGGAAUGAGCACUGUUUGCAUGUGGCGUUUCGGCUGGUGCUGUUUUAUCUUUAUGAUGCGGAGUUGGAGGCUACGUCGCAGUGCAUGCAGCAGUUUGCUCUCAUCCUGCCCGCGCUGCUGCACUCGUGUGCCGAUACCACCUCCCUCAGAAACCACCUGCACCUCUUCCUCUGGGCUCUGGUGCAGGCUCGGGAGAAGCUGGAGCAGCAGGCUCGGGACCGGCUGGCAGUGCGGGAGGCAGGGAGGGAGGCGGGCGCGAGGCAGCACAUAGCAUCGCAGGUGAUCCGCGAGGUGGUGGAGAGAGCGAAAUCUGUGCUCGUGGCAUCGAUAGCCGAGAGGAGGCCGGGCGGUGGGGGCAGCGUGGGGGACUUCUCAGUGUACAGCCUGCUGCAGCAGGAUCGAGUGCAGGAGGCGUUGAAGGAGGAGGAGGCGUUGGUGCGGCGCAUGCAGGCCCCUGAGGCCCUGCGGGGCGAGUUGAAGGAGGAGGAGGCGUUGGUGGAGGUGCUAGGAGAGCGGCGCAUGCAGGCCCCUGAGGCCCUGCGGGGCGAGGUGGGGGAGAGGGAGGCGGUGGAGAGAGAGCUGCUGGAGGCGAUGGAGGAGCACAGGCGCGCUAUACUCACAGAGCUCACCACGGAGGAGAGCAAGAGACGGGCUACGGUCCGCGUGGGCUAUGAGGAGGAGCAGCAGUUCCUCGCUGGCCGGUGGAACCAGCUGUUCCGGGAUCUCACGAACGAGCGGGGAGCGUGGUCGCCCGGGCGCCUACCCACAGACGCACCCGCGCGCUGGAAGCUCGACAAAAUGGAAGACCCCAUCCGCCGCCGCUUCCGCCUUCGCCCCAACUACCGCUUCAACCCCGUCCUCUGCACCCCCGCCUCCUCCGCCUCCACCACCUCCUCCGCUCUCGCGUCUCCCUCCUCUGUCAAGUCGCCCAGCAGCGGCGGUGCGUCGCCCAUGCUUCUGUCUCCUCUCGCUGGCGGGGGGUAUCUCAACUCUCCGCUGACUGCGACUAAGACAGCGGCGCAGCAGGCGGUGCUGCUGCUGAAGGGGUUAAGAGGGGUGCAGGCGCAGUUAGAAGCCGCCGCGGAGGAAGCUCAUGUGGAGAACGACGCAAUGGAGGAAGCAGCAGUGAGAGAGCAGGAAGAAGCGGGAUCACCGAAGGUGAACAAAUUCGAGGAGGGGUUGGGAGAUGAGAUGUCGACAGAUGAGCCGGCAGAUGAUGUGGUGCUCAUGUCGGUGCCCUGCGUGUUGGUUACUGCGAAGCGGAAGCUGGCUGGGAGGCUGGAGAUCAUGCGAACCGUGGUGCAUUUCCACACCGAGUUUGUUGUCGAAGGGAACGGGAGCGCCUCUGUGUUUGAUCAGAACGGGCAGCUGAGACACGACACGGCUGCGACGGUAACCGCGGCUGCUUCUGCUGCGGUUGCGUCUGCUGCAUCAGCAACCGGGACAUCUGGCCUCUCUUCUGCCUCCUCUGCCGCCUCCGCCACCACUGCUCCUGCACCCGCAGUACCGGAAACCCCGCUUUCCAUUUCCGUCACAGGGAUUGGAUCGGGAGGAGGGUCGGGGGCGACCAACUCACCUGUAACCCCCACAGGGGGGAUGAUCACCGGAAGCAGCAGCACCACGAGCAGCAGCAGCGGGUCGGUCCCUGCGACUCCCAGCACCGCGUCUCGUUGGCGGCGGCUGCAUACCAAGCUCGCGCUGCUGUCCCCGCGAAGCUCCUCCGGGAAGCUGCUGGAGCAGCUGGUGACAAGCAACCAGAAGAACGUGGAUUUCCACAAUGAUGUGAAGCGGCACCGACGGUGGCCGCUGGCUGUUGUGAAGCGGAUCCACAUCACGAGGUAUCUGCUGCGGUUCUCUGCGGUUGAAAUCUUCUUUUCGUCGUCGUACGCCCCUGUGUUUCUCAACUUCUCCUCGGUGGUUAAUGCUAAGGACGUGGCUACGCGCCUGGCGAAUCUGACCCAUGUGAUUCAGCGGAACAGAGGCGGGGACAGGGAUAGAAGCAGCUCAGGCGGAGGCGGGGCAGGGGGAGGAGGUGGGGGCGCGGGCGUGGGAGGGAGCAUCUGGGACGGGGUUUUACUGGUGGAUAAGAGGAGGGCGUUGGAUCUGGCUGAGAGGGCCAAGGCAGCGUGGAGGAGGAGGGAUAUGUGCAACUUUGAGUAUCUCAUGGUGCUGAACACGCUCGCAGGGCGAUCGUACAAUGACCUGAUGCAGUACCCCGUGUUCCCAUGGGUGAUUGCGGAUUAUACCUCGGAGGAGCUGGAUCUGAACAACCCGGAUACGUUCAGGGAUUUGUCGAAGCCCAUUGGUGCUCUCGAUGAGAAGAGGUUCCAGAUGUUUGAGGACCGGUACCACGGGUUUGCGGAUCCGGACAUCCCGAGCUUCUUCUACGGGUCGCACUACUCCACGGCGGGCAUCGUGCUCUUCUUCCUGCUGCGCAUGGAGCCCUUCGCCACACUCAACGUCUCCCUGCAGGGAGGCAAGUUUGACCAUGCGGAUCGGCUCUUCCACUCGGUGGCAUCAGCAUGGUCCAACUGUCUCUCCAACACCAGCGACGUCAAGGAGCUGAUUCCCGAGUUCUACUACCACCCCGAGUUCCUGGUCAACAAGAACGGAUACUUUCUGGGCGUGCGGCAGGACGGGCAUGCUCUGGGGGAUGUCGUGCUGCCGCCCUGGGCCAAGGGCUCCCCCGAGACGUUUGUGCGCAAGUGCAGGGAGGCCCUGGAGUGCGAGUAUGUGAGCAGCCGGCUGCACGAGUGGAUCGACCUCAUCUUUGGCUUCCGCCAGCGCGGCCAGGAGGCCAUUGACGCGGGCAACGUGUUCUACUACCUCACAUACGAGGGCUCGGUCGACCUAGACGCCAUCACCAACCCCUUUGAGCGGGCCUCAGUGGAGGAUCAGAUCGCCAACUUCGGCCAGACGCCGCUGCAGCUCUUCCGCAAGCCACACCCGCGCCGAGGCCCCCCCGUCCCCGUCCUCCGCCCGCUGCUCUUCUCCCCGUCCUCCCUCGAACUCACCUCGCAACUCCCGCCUCCCGUCCUCACCUCCUCCUCUUCCGCCUCCUCCUCCGCCUCUGGUUCUGCCUCCACUGGUGGUUCCUCUGCCCUGACGUCUAUCCCCAGUGGAGGAGGAGGGGGAGGGGGUGGGGGGCUGGGUGUGUCGCUGUCUUCUUCUGGUUCAGGACAGCCUGGGGAGGGGGAUGUGUCGGUGGUGUUUGUGGGACUGGUGGAUGGCAAGGCUGUGACGCUGACUUCUGGUCAGCUGCUGUCUCUGCGCUACUGGAUAUCGCCGUAUACUCAGUCGGGGGCCUCCUUCACUUUCUCGGGAUCCGUGGAGCCCUACAUCGGCUUUGGGGACUCCAUCUUCCUGCGCCGCAUAGGAGCGCCCAUCGCCAGCAGCGUGGAGGCCACUCCCAACUGCUUCGACAUCCUACAGCCGCCCUCGGCAGCGUCUGCCUCGGCGCCCUCGUACCUGCUCACGUGCGGGCACUGGGACAACAGCUUCCGCUGCGUGUCGCUGUCCGAUGGGAAGGUUGUGCGCACCAUUCGCGCUCACAAUGAUGUUGUUACCUGCCUCGCUGUAUCAGCGCAGGGCACAUCAAUCGUUACAGGCAGUGCCGACACCACAGUCAUGGUCUGGGAAGUCGAGCGAACCGCCCGCAGCCGCCCGGAGCACGUCGUGUACGACAAGCCUCGUCUCGUUCUGUGCGGGCACGACGACGCCGUGACGUGCGUUGCCGUCCGCUCAGAGCUCGAUCUCGUGGUCAGCGGAUCCACAGAUGGAACAAUCAUCCUUUACACUCUCCACCGCGGUCGCUUCUUGCGCUCACUCGCUCUCCCCUCCACCUCCUCUUCCUCCUCGUCCCUUCGCGGCAACUCCUCCGGCAGUACUACACCAAAGAAAACCUUCACUACGAGCGCCAGCGGCCGUCUCCUCAGCAUAUCGCCCGUCGGCUCUCCCCGUUCCAUUUCCACAGCAAGCGGGAAAAGCAGCAGCAGCACGAAAACGGAGAGAGGCAGCCCGGUGCACAGCCUAGUCGUCUCCACCUCUGGGAUCAUCGUGGCUUACUCCGAAACCGACCUUUUGCUCCACUCCGCUUCUAUCAACGGCGAAUGGCUGGCUUCUGCGGAUGUGAGCGAGCGAAUCGGAGCCAUGGCUACUACUGUUUGUGGCGAAUUCCUGGUGACGGGAGGGAGCUCGUUCGGUGGCGUGGUUGUGCGGUCGAUUUUCACGCUGGAAGAAACCGUUCGGUUUGACGGGCAGGGUGUGCCGGUGACAUCGCUGUAUGUGGCGCCGGAAGAGUGUAUUUUAGUGGGUCUGCAGGACGGCAGGAUUCUCACGUACUCUGUGGAUCCUCAGAACCUCAAGAAGGGCUUGGCUCACUACGCUCUUUGA